UAUAUUGGUAGGUACAUGUAACAGGAGGGAGGGAGUAGUAUAUUAAAGAUGAGAACUUACCUAGGUAGUCCUAGUUGAAACAAAUUUAAGGAGAGCCAUAAUUAAGGUCUCUCUUUCUCAAAAGUCUUAGAAAUUUAGCAACAAAUUUGUUCCAUCAAACAUGUCUAUUAUGGUGGAGGUAAGAGUUCCAAACUUGGAUUGUGAAGGAUGUGCUUCCAAGCUUAGAAAAGCUAUUUUCAAGCUUAAAGGAGUAGAAACAAUAGACAUUGAUAUGGAGACGCAGAAAGUUACAGCAAGAGGUUACGGAUUGGAGGAGAAGAAAGUGUUAAAGGCGAUAAAACGAGCAGGAAAAGCAGCAGAGCCAUGGCCAUAUCCAGUUGGUUACUCACAUUUUGCUUCAUUUUAUCAGUACCCAAAUCACAUCAUAAGCCAUUACUACGAUACAUCUCGAAACGUUGCAGCCCCGAGUGUUCAUACAUUUUUUCACACUCCAUCAGUUUAUUCAGUAGCAGUAGCAUCAGAUGAAGCAGUUGCUUCUCUUUUCAGUGAUGAUAAUCCUCAUGCUUGCACCAUUAUGUGAAAUUUGAUUAAUUUCCUUUUGUAACGUUGUAUACUCAUGAGCUUAUUUAUUCUACUGUUACGUUUUUAGAUUUGUUGGGGGCAUCCUCAUGAUAAUAUUGUUCCUACAAGAAAUGGCUAUCAAGAACGUUAGGCUACUUUUGUAAGUUGGUGGUGGUUGGUAAUCAUUGUAAUUUGGGGUAUUCUCGCAAUUUUCGGUUACACAUGUAAUCUUUACGGUUAGUUUUUGGGGGUAAUGU